AUGGCCAAAAUUCGGGUCGCUAAUCCCAUCGUGGAGAUGGACGGCGACGAGCAAACGCGCAUCAUCUGGCACCUUAUCCGCGAGAAGCUGAUCAUGCCUUUCCUGGACAUAGAUCUCAAGUACUACGACCUCUCAAUUCAGAAUCGUGACGCGACUGACGACGAGGUAACGGCAGCGUCUGCGCGGGCAACGCUGAAGUACGGGGUCGCGGUCAAGUGCGCGACUGUGACGCCCGAUGAAGCGCGCGUGCGGGAGUUCGGGCUCAAGCGUAUGUGGGCGUCGCCCAACGGCACGAUCCGCAACAUUCUCGGGGGCACGGUGUUCCGCGAGCCCAUUGUGAUCCCCCGGAUCCCGCGGCUGGUGCCCGGGUGGCAGCGGCCCAUCAUCAUCGGACGGCACGCGUUCGGGGACCAGUACAAGGCCACGGACGUGGCAAUUGAGGGCGCAGGCGAGCUGCGGCUGGUUUUUCGGUCGCGGGAUGGGGACCAGGCCAAGGACCUGGACCUGCAGGUGUACGAAUUCCCCGAGUCCGGCGGCGUGGCGCUCGCGAUGUACAACACUACGGAGUCGAUUCGCGGGUUUGCGCGGGCUAGCUUCGAGCUGGCGCUGCAGCGCAAGAUGCCGCUGUACUCGACGACCAAAAACACCAUACUUAAGCGGUAUGACGGGCGUUUCAAGGACGAGUUCGAGGCGAUGUACGAGGCCGAGUACCGCGAGCGCUUCGAGCGCGCUGGGAUCUGGUACGAACACCGACUGAUUGAUGACAUGGUCGCACAGAUGCUCAAGUCUGCUGGCGGGUUCGUGAUCGCGAUGAAGAAUUACGACGGCGACGUACAGUCGGACAUCGUGGCACAGGGCUUUGGCUCGCUCGGCCUCAUGACCUCCGUGCUUGUGACGCCCGACGGACGUGCCUUUGAAAGCGAGGCUGCCCACGGUACAGUCACCCGCCACUUUCGAUUACACCAGCAGGGCAAAGAGACCUCGACCAACUCGAUAGCGUCUAUCUUCGCGUGGACACGCGGCCUGCUCCAACGCGGCCGCCUCGACGGCACGCCUGAAGUUGAAGGCUUCGCGCGGGCACUUGAGACCGCCACGGUCGCCACCGUGAACGAGGACGGCAUCAUGACCAAGGAUCUCGCGCUAAUGCUGGGCCGCACCGACCGCGCUAGCUACGUGACCACAGAGGACUUCAUCGACGCGGUCGAGCAGCGUCUUAUACGUAGCCUUAAAGAGGACCGCUAG